AUGUCCGGCUACGUGAACGACAUGUGGCCGGGCUCGCCGCAGAAGGACUCGCCCUCGACGGCCCGCUCGGGCCGGUCCAGCCGCCCGUCCUCGGCGUCCGGGGCCUCCCGCUCGGGCUCCAGCGGCUGCGGGAGCCCGUCGUCGUCGGGGAGCCGGCCCGCGCCCCGCCGCGGCAGCCCGCCUCGCUCCGGAAGGCGCCACCCCGGGCAGCACCGGCGCUCCUCGCGCUCGUGCUCGCGCAGCCGGUCGCGGUCGCGCAGCCGCCGCGCCCGGCCGGGGCCCCGCCGCGCCGCCCGGAGGCCGCAGCGCCCGCCUCCCCGGCGCCGCUCCCGCAGCAGGUCCCGCUCGCGCGGACGGUCGCCGUCCCGCAGGGCCCGCGGCGUCCCGCGGGGGCGGCGCUACUACGGCUUCGGGCGCACGGUGUACCCCGAGCAGCACCGAGGUUGGCGCGCGAGGUCCCGGACGCGGUCGCGGAGCCGGACCCCCUUCCGCUUGAGUGAGAAAGAUCGGAUGGAGCUGUUAGAAAUAGCAAAAGCCAAUGCAGCAAAAGCUUUAGGAACAACCAACUUUGACUUGCCAGCUAGUCUAAGAACUGUUUCUGUAUCUAAAACAAACUUUGGAACAUCUGUACCAAAUGGUGCAAAGUUUGAGAUGUCAGAAAACCUAACAGAAGAUGGAACUAAAAACCCAAAUGAAAAGUCUUCCCAGCAAAAAAGCAUAGCCUUUAGCUCUCAUAAUUCUGUAGCAAAACCAAUGCUUCAGAAACCAGCUAAAACUACUGCUAUAGAGACCUCUUCAGGAUCCCCCAAAAUUGAUCUGAAAAAAAGUCCAUAUGGACUGUGGAUACCUAUUUAAAAGAAGAUACGGCCAAGGUUGCCUAAAAUGCACUUUAUUAUAAAUUUGUGUUCUAGCAUUAUUGUAUUCCUUCGGGCCAUUUAUUGGUAAAUGUUGCAGUUAAAACACCAACACAAAAAGAUGUCAAUACUUACUAUUUUAAAAUUAACAUUUUAGAUCUCUUGCAGUUAGAGAGCACAAAUGGACCAGAGGUUACAUACAGGUGGGAGUCUUAUAUAUGUAUUUGUAAAUGUUUUGUAUAAUAGAGUGGUUAUUUAGAAGUGAAAUUUGUAAGACACAGUAAUUAAACUGUGUUGUAUAUAUUUUUAAUAAAGUUGUUUUAUUUUAGUCUCAUUUUCAUUUUUAUAUUACAUAAUGGGUCUUUAUGUUAAUGAAGAAUAAGGGUGUCUGUCCUGAUAAAAGCUUUAGAAAGAUUUAAGUCAUUUUUAGAAUCUUUCUGCAAGUGUUAUAUGACUUAAACGAUGAAAUGUUUGAAUUGAAUGUUAGAUAUCAGAUUAAUGGAAUUUUGUGCCUAUGUGCUAGGUCUAGCUAGCAGUAAAACAUCUUGCCUAGACAUAGGCAAAAAAAUAAAAAUUCUAGACUAAAAACAUGCACAUGAUUUCAUUUCAGUGACAUGGAUGAUUCAUUUUAAGUGGGUCUGUUUUCUACUUUCUCUUUUGCCAUCAUUUUGAAGUCUUAAAUUUAGAAAGCAGGGAUAACAAGUUAGUCUAGCAGAAUAUUAGAGGCAAAAUGAAAAAACAUAGAUACAGAAUAAAUAGGUGAGCAGGCUGAAAACCUAAGUAGUUGACUUUUUAAAAAGAUAAAGGUCUUCAAGUAGAUCCUAAUAAAUUGCUAUUAACUGAAACUGUGCUGUUCAGUAUCUUAGCUAUAUUUACCAAUAAGAUAUCUGCCAGCAAGCUGGUAACUAAAAUUUCAGUUCUCAGUCAUGCUUGCCAGGUGUGUGCUGUACCCCUGUGUGGCUAGUUCGUAUCCUGUUGGAAAGUACAAACAAUACUUUCCUGUCAUA